UUAAUAAACGCAUCACAUAUUUCACAAGCAUGUGCUAUAAUGGCGUUUUGGAAAAUACGGGGAAGGCUGUUAAUUAUACUAAGUUCUUUCACCUGCAUUACUGUAAUACACUGCAGAAGUCUGCUACAAUUUUCUGGAACGGAAAAAACAAACGAUGAAGGUGGCCAAAUUAAUUCAAAACAAUUUAUGUCAGACUACGAGGGAUAUUUUGUGCCCUUAGCUGAUUUUGACUAUCUCGGUGAAGACGCCAGAGUUUCAGGUCUGCAGAAGAGAUCAAUUAAAGGGCAAUUACUCAGUUCUUCUGAAGCAGCCUGGGGUGCCAUGUCUCCAAAGCUGCGGUGUGGCGACGAUCUCAUGAAGUUACAACUCAGUGGUCCAGAAGUAGCAAACGUUGAGCUUUGUCGAGGUAAUGGGGUGCCUGUUCCUCUCACUCAGUUGCCACCUCACUGUGGACACACCACACCCACAUAUGGAGGUCUUGUCUAUGCUACUCCCUAUGAUGGAUGUGGUGUUGCGCAACAGGGAGGGAGUUAUGUGAUGCAAAUACAGUGGCAGGGAAACUCCGCAGUCAUUUCUUGUCCUAUGACCUCUACCACUGCAAAAGAAACCUUCCAGGGACCUCAUCCUCCUGAGUAUCUGCACAUUCUGCUGCCUCCCUUUUCUCCUGGUACACAAAGUCCAGAAGCACUUGCAAUGCCACAAGCAUCUGAUACUACUACACUGAAACCACCACCUCCUGGGUACCCACAAGGGUUUUGGCCUUUCCCCCAUUAUCUUUAUCCUGGAAGGGUUUAUCCCAUAGCUAAGCAAACCGAGAAACCGGUUACAACUGCCCAAGCACCAAUUGAAGAGCAUCAACCUCCACAGUACCACCAGAUGUUUUGGCCAAACUAUUACCACCCUGGUUACCUUCAUCAUGGCAAACCAAUGCCUGCUGAGGAACCUUUUCCAACCUCUGGCUCGAACACUGAAUCAGAUGCCCAAGCACCAACCAAAAAGCCUCAACCUCCACAGUACCACCAGAUGUUUUGGCCAAACUAUUACCACCCUGGUUACCUCCAUCAUGGCAAACCAAUGCCUGCUGAGAAACCGUUUCCAACCUCUGGCUCGAACACUGAAUCAGAUGUCCAAGCACCAACUGAAAAGCCUCAACCUCCACAGUACCACCAGAUGUUUUGGCCAAACUAUUACCACCCUGGUUACCUCCAUCAUGGCAAACCAAUGCCUGCUGAGAAACCGUUUCCAACCUCUGGCUCGAACACUGAAUCAGAUGCCCAAGCACCAACUGAAAAGCCUCAACCUCCACAGUACCACCAGAUGUUUUGGCCAAACUAUUACCACCCUGGUUACCUCCAUCAUGGCAAACCAAUGCCUGCUGAGAAACCGUUUCCAACCUCUGGCUCGAACACUGAAUCAGAUGCCCAAGCACCAACUGAAAGGCCUCAACCUCCACAGUACCACCAGAUGUUUUGGCCAGAUUACUACCCUCAUGACCCUCUCAGGCCAAAGCCAGCUCCAGCCAUCCCCACUGCUCCCCCACCAGGCUUGCCAGCAACAACCCAGAUGCUGCAGCCCCCAGUAUACCCUGGAAGUCUAUUCCCUCAGUAUAACACUUACCCUGAUUAUCCUCUCUAUCUGCAAGAGUUUUAUCCACGACACCCAGUUCAGCCUCCCAAAACUCCUACUGCACCGCCUAUAACCACCACUCCUCAACCCUGUACUACAACUGCAGCUGCUGAAUGCAGACCCUCUGCCAACCAGCCUCCCAAUGUUCCACCCCAGCGACACAUACCUCCCAGUUCUGUAUCUUAUGAAAAAGACCCUGUUGCGCUUCAAUUUGUGGACUUUUUGAAUCCUGACUCUUUCCCAUGAAGUUUUGUUAUGAGGACUGAGGCCAGAUGUGUAGAAUUAGGCUGGUAAUGUGCUGCAUGUUGUUUUGAAAAGGAUUGCCUCCUGACUUAAUGCUAGUUAUAAUGUAUGGAGUGAUUGAACUGAUUCCUGCUCCUGAACUGCUUUUUGUCUUCUCAAACCAUUCAAUAAAUCAAAUAUGA